GCCACCGCAGUGGCUGAUGUGGGUUAUUGUCGGAGUUGAAGCUCAGUCCGCUCGGAAUCAGAGACGUGGACGCUUGCAGGCUGUAGCGGGACACAGAGCAGCAGAGAGGAGAGCUCACACCGGUCAUGGCAAAGAAGUCAAAUCCAGGCUGGUUUGCAGUUUUUCUCUCUUCAUCGACCAUAGUCGUUCUUCUUGUGGGGAGUACGGGCAGCGCCCAGCAUUCUAGGCGCCAGUUUCACCGACCAACCAGGACCUCAGAGCCUCUUGUGAUAUCUGGCCGUGUUCCAAGGGUUUAUCUGACUCCAGAUCAGCUCAGACAGCUGCACUUCAAGCCCACCAUAGGCUCCAUCCAGCUAUCAGAGGGCCAUGAGACUAAGUUCAACUGCUCAAUCAAUAUCCCAGAUACCAGGGUGGAGCCCACCAUCACCUGGGUGAAGAACGGCCAGGACCUGUCGAGGAAGGAUCAGGUGUUGAUCAACGAGCUCCAUACCGUCACAGACGGGGUCACCACUCUCCUCUCCACUGUCAGCAUUAAGUAUGUGCUGAGACUGGAUGCCGGGGAAUAUCGCUGCAGACUGAGUAUCGGCCCCACGACGGUAGAGUCUCAGCCAAUCACAGUCGAGGUGGAUGGUCUACCAGCAUUUAUCCACCAACCUGAGGACUGGAACGUAACAAGAGACACACCUUUUACGCUGUUAUGUGAGGCGGUUGGACCUCCGGACCCUGUUAAAAUCCGCUGGCUCCGUGAUGGAUUACCUGUUAGCGACUCUCAUCUCUCUCCCAGCAGCUACUUUGUGUCAGGUGUGGACAAGUACACUCAGUUCAGCUGCGAAGCUCACAACUCGAAGGGUGUCGCCACCUCCAGAGAAGCAAAUAUCAACAUCAAAGUGCUUCCUAGUCCUGUGUCUGAUGUUACUGUGAUGGAAAGUCGGCCCAAUAAGUUGAUACUGAGCUGGAGCCCUGGUCACGAUGGCUUCUCUCCAGUCACCAAAUGCCACAUCAGGGUUAAAGAGGUGAGUCGGCGGAAGGGGGAGGUGAUGACCACUAGGUUCAUCAAUGUCACAGUGCCGCCUUUCCAGUAUGAAGUCCCCGGGCUGCAGGCCAUGACGUCGUACAACAUGAGUGUGUCCUGCAGCAAUGAGGUGGGAGCCUCUCCUGUCACCAUGUGGAUCCAGAGCAACACCACAGAGGGAGUGCCGUCGGUUUAUCCCCGAAACGUCACCUUACAGCUGAACGGGUCGUCGCUUGUGAUCAGGUGGAAGCCUCCGCCGGAUGAUAAGAUAAAUGGCAUCCUGCGCGGUUAUGAUGUUAUUGUCAGAUAUGGCUCACAAGAGAAAAAGACCCACAGUUACACCACCGAUGUCGUUGUACCUGUACAGGAAUUCAACACAACCUACAGCGUGGAGGUGGCUGCAUGCACGCAGGCAGGGAGCGGCAUGGUCAGCCCACGAGUCUGGCUGUUUGUGCCAGAGCACAAAUCACCUGUGUCCCCAUCUUCCAGCCCUGACACCAGGGCUCCAGACUCUGUCAAUGUUGUGCUAGGUGUGGUGUGUGGCAUCUGUCUUCUGCUGAUUGUCCUCUGGGCGGGUAUCUGUGUACACCACAGGACUUCUGAAUCUUGGUUUGGGCGGGUGUUUGGAGGUGGAGAAAAGCCGCAGCCUGUUGUGGAGUACAAACCCCAGAGAUCCUACAAUCGAUCAGCCAUAGGAGUCACACUUGGGAACCUUGGUGUUAGUGAUGAACUCCAGGCCAAACUUCAGGACGUGAUGGUCAUGAGGACCUUGCUCUCGAUAGGAAAGAUCCUGGGAGAGGGUGAAUUUGGCUCCGUGGUGGAAGGACAUAUAAGACAACCAGAUGGAACAUCAGAAAAAGUUGCUGUGAAGACAAUGAAAUUGGAGAGCUUCUCUCAAAGGGAGAUUGAGGAGUUCCUGAAUGAGGCGGCCUGCAUGAAAGAUUUCAACCAUCCUAAUGUGAUCAGACUGCUCGGUGUCUGCUUGGAAGUAGGCUCAGGAAAUUUUCCCAAGCCCAUGGUCAUUCUGCCAUUCAUGAAAUAUGGAGAUCUGCAUAGCUUCCUGCUGCGCUCACGCCUCGGAGAGAGUCCAAUGUUCUUGCCCACUCAGACACUCCUGAAGUUCAUGGUUGACAUUGCUUUUGGUAUGGAGUAUCUCAGUGGGCGUAACUUUCUUCAUCGUGACCUGGCAGCUCGCAACUGCAUGCUGCGUGAUGACAUGACAGUGUGUGUAGCAGACUUCGGGUUAUCUAAGAAGAUCUAUAGUGGAGAUUAUUACAGGCAGGGCAGAAUAGCCAAAAUGCCUGUAAAAUGGAUUGCAGUAGAGAGUCUGGCAGACAGAGUUUUUACUGUGAAAAGCGACGUGUGGGCAUUUGGCAUUACCAUGUGGGAGAUUGCUACACGAGGCAUGACGCCCUACCCUGGCAUCCCAAACCAUGAGAUUUACGACUACCUUGUUGAAGGAAACAGACUGAAGCAACCAACAGACUGUUUGGAUGAUCUGUAUGAGAUCAUGUACAGCUGCUGGAGGGCUGAUCCACUGGACCGACCCUUCUUUCCACAACUGCGAGAAAUGUUGGAAAAGCUCACGGAAAAGCUCCCAGAGUCUUUCAGCAGGGACGAUAUCAUCUAUAUUAACACCAGCUUUCCUGAAGAGGACCCAGAUGGGGAAACACUUCCUGCAGAACAUCCUGUUUUCAGCUCAUCCCCUUCCUGCAGCCAACGGGCAGCAGAAAAUUCAAUAGUCACUGCGGACAUUCACGGGAGCCUGGAGGACGAGGAUGAUGAGAACGAUGAUCGUUAUGUGGUGGUGAUCUCCUCUGAUCCUUCCCUGAGAUCUCCUGCAGUGGACACUCCUCUUUUGUCGAGUGAUGCUUUAAGUCAAGCAAACGGAGACAUGGUUACUGAUGUGACUGGCAUGGAUCACAGCUCAAGUGACACUUCUUUCCUGCUGUAACAAUUGGUACCCAUCAGAUUAAAACUGUAAUAAAACUGUCACUUUGAUUCAUCAGUACUAAAUAUUUUUGCCUCAUUGCACUGGGAGCACCUUGAAGUUUCCUUUUUUGUUAUAUGCUUUACAUGGACAGCCAAGAUCAGUGUUAGGAAUGUUGUCUAUGUGUGUGAACAUCAAACAUGUUCAUGCACAUGUUCCCAUAAGCUUAAGAUACACUGAACUGUGAAAGUGUUUACUGUAUUGAAUUCUUUGUCGCAAUGUAAAUAUAGAAAUGUACAAAACAUUUAUAAAGUGAUCUUGUAUACUGUAAAAAAUAAAUGCUUUAUUGACUCAUCUGAGACUUGAUAA